AUGUUCCCGCCGGCGGCGUCCACGGUGCUGCCGGACCCUGCCCGGUUCUUCGCGCCGGGGCUCCUCUCCGCUCCGCUCCCAACAAAUUCCUUCUUCCAGAACUUCGUGCUCAAAAAUGGCGACAUGCCGGAGUACAUCCACCCAUACCUGAUCAAAUCCGCUGCCGGAGGGCUAACCGUUUGCUACCCAAGGCGGAGCCACUCGGCGUCCACUAUCGUCCAGACCUUCGUCGCAGACCUCACCGUCUCAUCGCCGUCCGAAACCGCCACCGCAGCCGGCGCUCAGCACCACCACCGCGUCGCCGCCUUCGACGACCUCUCGGUCACCCUUGACGUGUCGCCUUCCCUCCGAGCGUUCCUCGUCCGUGGCUGCCCCUACGUCACUGUGUCCACCACAGCCGGCAUCUCCGUCGCCACCUCCGCCCAUGCCUUCGUUGACGCCGCUCCCUGCGACCGGACGCUCACCAAGUGGCGCCUCCGGAUGACCAGCGGCCAGACAUUCCUCCUGUACGCCGACGCGCCGAUUCAGCUCUCGCAGUCCGGCGACUCGCAGCUGUCGUCGGCGUGCGGGUUCUCCGGUGUGGUACGCGUUGCGUAUCUACCUGCUGCGGCCAUGGAGGCCGAUCUUGAUCGCUACAGUCAGUGCUUCCCGACGGCAGGGGAAGCCGUGCUGAACCGGCCCUUCAGCAUCGAGUACACGUGGCGCACGCAGGGAUCGGGGGACCUGCUCAUGCUCGCGCAUCCUCUCCACCUCCAGGCGCUCUACGACGAUCUUUCUGUCCGGGUGCUCAAGGACUUCCGGUACCGGAGCAUCGACGGCGACCUGGUCGGGGUCGUCGGCAGUUCUUGGAUCCUAAAUCCAGGCCCAAUCAGCCGCUACCUGUCCCCUACAUGGCAUGCUAAACCGGGCUACACCGACGACGGGGUGGACGAGAUCGUGGCCGCGCUGCGCAAGGAUGUGGAUUGCCUGGCCUCAUGCCCUAUCAUGACCAGUUCGUGCUACCUCUAUGGCAAGGCGAUCGCCAGGGCGGCAAGGCUGGCGCUGAUUGCGGAGGAAGUCCGGUGCCCAGACGUGAUCCCGGAGGUGCGUCGGUUCCUUAUCGCCGCCGUCACGCCGUGGCUGGACGGCAGCUUCGAGGGCAACGGAUUCUUGUACGAACCCAAGUGGGGCGGGCUUGUGACCCGGCAGGGGUUGACGGACCCUGGGGCGGACUCUGGUUUCGGGAUCUACAACGAUCACCACUAUCAGCUGGGUUACUUCCUGUAUGCCAUCGCCGUGCUCGUCAGGAUUGAUCCGGCCUGGGGGAGGAAGUACAAGUCUGAGGCUUACUCCAUCCUCGCUGAUUUCAUGACUUUGGCGAGAGGAAGUGACGCGAUGUGCACCAGGCUGAGGAAUUUCGAUCUCUGGAAGCUCCAUUCUUGGGCCUCGGGGCUGACAGAAUCCGGCGACGGGCGUAGCCAGGAGAGAACCGGCGAGGCCGUCAACGCCUACUACGGUGCCAAGCUCCUCGGUCUGAGCUACAAGGAUAACAGUCUUAUCACCGCCGGCACGACGCUCACCGCGUUCGAGAUACUGGCGGCACGUACAUGGUGGCACGCCCCCAUGGAAGACGGUGCGAUGCUGUACCCGGACGAAUUCAGGAGAGGCAACCGUGUCGUCAAUGUCGUGUGGGCGAACAAGAGAGGCGAACACCCCGGUUCUUGUCCGCCGGAACGCAGGCUGGGGGUCCAGGUGUUGCCGCUGCUGCCGAUCACCCAGGCUCUUUUCUCAGACGUUGCGUUCGUGCGCGAGCUGGUGGAGUGGUCCACGCCGGCCUUGUCGAGGCAGGGCGCCGGAGAAGGGUGGAAGGGCUUCGUGUAUGCCUUGGAAGGGAUCUACGACAAGGACUCGGCGCUGGAGAAGGCGAUGGCGCUGUCGACGGCGCACGACGACGGUAACACGCUGACGAAUCUGCUGUGGUGGCUCCACAGCCGCAGCCCUCCCUCCAACCAUGCUUCUGAGUGGCUGACCAUUUGCCUGUUCAGGCCCCAGAUGGUGGACGCAUUAGCUAAGUCUCUCGAGGGUCGCGCCCAUGGGGCUCGGGGCCAUGCGGCCCGCCGGUGA